GGUUAUCUUUUUUUUCUCUCUCUCUAAGAAAUAUCUCUCUUAUAAUGUCUGGAUACCCAUACAAUCCACAAGGAUACGGUUACGGCCCGCCGUCGGGCCAACAACCCUACUCCUCCGCUCCUCCGUCGAGCCAACAGCCCUACUCCUCCGCCCCUCCGCCGGGCCAACAGCCCUAUGCACCCGUGGCCGUACCCUACGGCGCCCCAUCAGCACCUUACGCACCCACUGGCCCGGGUGAUCACAAACCCCCCAAGGACAAACCCUACGGCGCUGCCCCACAGUCAUCUUCCGGCUACCCACAGUCCUCUUCCGGCUACCCACAACAGUCCUCUUCCGGAUACCCGCAACAGUCCUCUUCCGGAUACCCACAACAGUCCUCUUCCGGAUACCCACAGUCUGCGCCACCACACGCUUCCGGUUACCCACCGUCCACGGCGUCGUACGGGAGCCCCUUCGCAUCUCUGGUGCCAUCGGCGUUCCCCCCUGGCACGGAUCCCAACGUUGUGGCCUGUUUUCAGUUAGCGGAUCAAGAUGGUAGCGGAUUCAUCGAUGAUAAGGAGUUGCAGAAAGCACUUUCUUCUUAUAAUCAAAGCUUUAGUUUGAGAACUGUUCAUCUUCUCAUGUAUCUCUUCACCAAUACCAACGCUAGAAAGAUCGGACCGAAGGAAUUUACUGCAGUGUUCUACAGUCUCCAAAACUGGAGGGCAAUAUUUGAGAGAUUUGACAGAGAUAGGAGCGGGAAAAUUGAUCCUUCGGAGCCGCGGGAGGCACUGCUGAGCUUGGGAUUUGCGGUGUCUCCAACAGUGCUGGAUUUACUGGUUUCCAAGUUUGACAAGAGCGGUGGAAAGAACAGAGCCAUUGAAUAUGACAAUUUCAUAGAGUGCUGUCUCAGUGUGAAGGGAUUAACGGAGAAAUUCAAGGAGAAGGACAAUGGGUUCACGGGGUCGGCAACGUUCACCUAUGAAGCUUUCAUGCUCAGUGUUCUGCCAUUCCUUAUUGCUUAGGAUGUACUGCCACUUAGUGAUAAACCCGUUCUCUUUGAAGUAAUUUGGUUUGUACCAAAUUCGUAUUCUUCUUGUGCUGUGUUCUUGUAAUGACUUGUUGGCUUUAAACUUGUUUGUUUGAUGCUUUUACCGUA